AUGUCACCCACCUAUCAAAAUUUACAGCCUCACGCGCGCGAUUCUUUAGAAUUAGCUAGUUUAGCAUCGAGUUCCCCUGGCGCGAGAUCAUCAACAGAUUCAAUAUCAUCAGAUGCUGGUAUAUCCUCAUCACGGAAGCUUUCACUCGAAGAAGACGAUCCUUUAGAUGACCGAAAUCCCGCCGCGAAUGGUCGACCUGGAAGAGGACAUGGCAGAACAUAUUCUGUCUCUUCGGCCUUCGACUUUUCUUCCAACCUUUACCCUCUGUCUUCUACCGCAGGAGGUUAUGCGCCGAUCGGAGCCCCUAUUUCUACGACAAAUGGCCAAACUGCCUUAGGAGGAGGAUCCUUGGAAAAACACAAGACUUUGACAUAUCUGAACGGUUUGUCAUUGAUAGUUGGCUUGAUAAUAGGGUCCGGGAUUUUCUCCUCGCCGAGUCAGGUCAAUGCAAAUGCGGGAUCACCAGGCGCAUCAUUAAUUGUAUGGGCAAUAGCAGGAAUAUUAGCAUGGACUGGCGCGUCAAGUUACGCGGAAUUGGGAGGAGCAAUACCAUUAAAUGGCGGCGCACAAAUAUAUCUUUCCAAGAUUUUUGGGGAAAUUUUUGGGUUCUUGUUCACAUGGUGUGCGGUCAUUGUUCUAAAGCCUGGAUCGACCGCCAUUGUAUCGAUAAUAAUGGGAGAAUACUUGGUACGGGCAUUCAUUGGAGCCGAGGCUGAGAGUGUCAACGUUUGGAUUAAUAAGAGCGUCGCAUUGGUUGGAUUGUUUUUCAUUACCUUUUUAAAUUGUAUAUCUACAAAGUUGGGCACGAGAAUGGGAGACAUGUUUAUGUUCAUGAAGUUUAUUGCAUUGCUUGGAGUUACAAUCAUUGGUGUCGUGGUAGCCCUUACAGGCUUCUCUACAUCAGGGAAGGCGAAUGAGGAUUGGAAGAAUCACGGAUGGUUCGAGGGAACUAGUAGUAGUGCCUCAUCAUGGGCCGUUGCAUUAUAUGCUGGAUUGUGGGCCUUUGACGGUUGGGACAAUACAAAUUACGUGGUUGGAGAGUUCCGAAACCCUACUCGGGACUUGCCAAGAGUCAUCCACACAGCCAUGCCAUUAGUCAUUCUCUCCUAUAUCCUCGCUAAUGUCGCCUAUUUCUUCGUCCUACCUCUAAAAGCUAUCAAUUCUUCAAAUACAGUUGCAGUUAUAUUUGGAAACAAGGUAUUUGGUCCCAUUGGAUCAUUGAUACUUGCUCUUAUUGUCAGCGCAAGCUGUUUUGGAGCUCUAAAUGCAACAGCCUUCACUAGUGGACGAUUAGUCUAUGCAGCUAGCAAAGAAGGUUAUCUACCCGCCAUGUUUGGCAAAAUUGGGCUUGGAAACCAAGCGGAACCUUCUGCCAACACUCUCCGAACACGCAAUUGGGCAUCAAAGAAAUUAGCCAGAUUCUUCGGUGACGAAGAAACCGGGCUCUUCUUCACACCCGUUAACGCCAUGAUUCUCAACGCUCUUUUAACAGCAGUCUAUGUCGCUGUCGGCGAAUUUGGUACGCUAGUCACUUUUUACGGCGUGGCUGGCUAUACAUUCUAUUUCUUCACAGUCCUAGGACUCAUUGUUCUUCGCGUUCGCGAACCUAAUCUCGAACGUCCUUACAAGACUUGGAUUACUACACCCAUAAUCUUCUGCUGUGUGAGCUUAUUCUUACUUAGCAGAGCAGUCUUUGCGGAACCAAUUCAGACUCUCAUCGUUCUCGCGUUUGUACUCGCUGGAGUGCCGAUAUACUACUGGCGGAUUCGCGGACGAGAUCAAGUCUCCAAGAGAGAAAGAAGUAGCAGUGGGAGCGGAAGUAGCAGUUGGAAAUUCUGGGAGAGGGGCUCACGUUAG